AUGUAUUUUCGAGUUCUCUCGACUCCGUCGUCGCCCAUUUUCGAUUCUUUCUCCUUGGUACGUCGUCUGAGUUUUUCCACGGAUUUGUGUCCUCGAAUCUGCGGACUCGUCUUCCCCAACCACGAUCAGAUAUAUAACAGCCUCGCAGAAAUUUGUUUGGAGCAAUGCAAAUUAUUCAAGAGCCGCAAGGUGUUCGACGGAAUGCCUCAAAGACUUGAACUUGCUUUGAAAACCGGCAAAGCUGUCCACUCUCAGAGCUUGAUACUUGGAAUCGAUUCAAAUGGAAGGUUGGGAAACGCCAUUGUCGAUUUGUAUGCAAAGUGUGAACACGUGUCUUAUGCUGAGAAGGUCUUCGACUCCCUUGAAAAGGAUGUAACUGCGUGGAACUCGAUGCUAUCGAUGUAUUCCAGUGCUGGGCAACCAGGAAAGGUCUUGAAGAGUUUCGUAUCAUUGUUUGAGAAUCUGAUUUCACCAAAUAAAUUCACUUUUUCGAUUGCUUUGUCAACCUGUGCCAGGGAGACCAAUAUAGAUUUUGGCAGGGAGGUUCAUGGAAGUAUGAUAAAGAUGGGACUUGAACGCAACUCAUACUGUGGAGGUGCUCUAGUUGAUAUGUAUGCCAAGUGUAACCGUAUAGGUGACGCUCGGCGAGUUUUCGAUGAGUUGGUGGAUCCCAAUACAGUUUCGUGGACGUGUUUGUUUUCUGGCUAUGUCAAAGCUGGUUUGCCAGAGGAAGCCGUCACUGUGUUUGAAAGGAUGAGAGAUGAAGGACAUCAGUUUGACCAUUUAGCUUUUGUGACUGUUAUAAAUACGUAUAUCAGUUUGGGGAAGCUAAAAGAGGCACGUCUGUUGUUUAAGGAGAUGCCAAGCCCUGAUGUGGUAGCGUGGAAUGUAAUGAUUUCAGGGCACGGGAAACGAGGAUGUGAGACGGUGGCUAUUGAGUACUUUCUCAGUAUGCGGAGAUCUGGUGUUAGAUCCACUCGUUCUACUCUAGGAAGCGUUUUGAGUGCUAUUGGCAUUGUAGGAAAUCUUGAUUUGGGUCUGGUAGUUCAUGCAGAGGGUAUUAAGCAAGGCCUUGCAUCCAAUAUUUAUGUUGGUAGUGCUUUGGUGAGUAUGUACUCGAAGUGUGAGGAAAUGGAGGCUGCUGCAGAAGUGUUUGAAGCUUUGGAGGAGAGAAAUGACGUCUUGUGGAACGCGAUGAUAAGGGGAUAUGCGCAUAACGGUGAAGCCCACAAGGUUAUGGAACUGUUUAUGGAGAUGAAAUGCUCUGGUUAUGAUAUUGACGAUUAUACCUUUACAAGCCUGUUAAGCGUUUGUGCUGCAUCGCAUGAUCUAAAACUGGGCAGCCAGUUUCACUCGGUUAUCAUCAAGAAGAAGCUAGCGAACAACUUGUUCGUAGGAAAUGCGUUAAUAGAUGUGUAUGCGAAAUGCGGAGCUCUUGAAGAUGCAAGGCAGAUUUUUGAACGCAUGUGUGAUCGUGAUAGUGUGUCCUGGAACACAAUGAUUGGUGGUUAUGUCCAAGAUGAGAACGAGAGUGAGGCUUUUAACUUGUUCAAGAGGAUGAAUUCUUGCGGUAUGGUGUCUGAUGGAGCAUGUUUGGCUAGCACACUUAAGGCAUGUGCAAAUGUUCAUGGCCUUUAUCAAGGGAAACAAGCUCACUGCCUCUCUGUCAAGUGUGGCUUAGACACAGAACUUCAUACUGGUAGCUCGCUCAUUGACAUGUAUGCCAAGUGUGGAGUCAUUGAAGAUUCACGUAAAGUUUUCUCUUCUAUGCCUGAGUGGAGCGUUGUGUCAAUGAAUGCUCUAAUUGCCGGCUAUUCUCAGAACAACUUGGAAGAAGCUGUAGCUCUCUAUCAAGAAAUGGUGGCCAGAGGUGUUAACCCAUCUGAAAUCACUUUCGCCACCAUUGUUGAAGCUUGUCAUAAACCAGAAUGUUUGACCCUAGGAACACAAUUUCACGGUCAAGUUAUAAAGAGAGGGGCCUCGUACGAAGGUGAAUAUCUAGGGAUUUCCCUUGUGGGCUUGUACAUGAAUUCACGUAGAAUGGCGGAGGCGUGUGCUCUCUUCUCAGAGUUACCAAACCCUAAGAGUAUCGUUCUCUGGACGGGGAUGAUGUCAGGGCAUAGUCAGAAUGGUUUCUAUGAGGAGGCUUUGAAUUUCUACAAAGAAAUGCGUCAUGAUGGUGCUCUACCUGACCAGGCAACGUUUGUCACUGUUCUCCGAGUGUGUUCUGUCCUUUCCUCGUUAAGAGAAGGUAGAGCUAUCCAUUCUAUGGCCUUCCAUUUGGCUCAUGAUCUGGACGAGUUAACCUCUAACACCCUAAUCGACAUGUACGCUAAAUGUGGGGACAUGAAAAGUUCAUCGCAAGUUUUCGAUGAAAUGAGACGUAGAGGCAGCGUUGUCUCAUGGAACUCCAUGAUCAAUGGAUAUGCGAAAAAUGGUCACGCGGAAGAUGCUCUUAAAAUCUUUGAUUCCAUGAGACAAGCCCGUAUCAAGCCAGACGAAAUCACAUUCCUAGGUGUUCUUACAGCUUGUAGCCAUGCAGGGAAAGUGUCUGACGGACAGAAGAUUUUUGAGACGAUGAUUAGUCAAUAUGGCAUUGAAGCGCGUGUGGAUCAUGUAGCGUGUAUGGUUGAUCUUCUUGGGAGAUGGGGAUAUCUUCAAGAAGCCGUUGACUUGAUAGGAGCACAAAACCUGGAACCAGACGCAAGACUAUGGUCAUCUCUUCUCGGUGCAUGUAGAAUCCAUGGAGAUGACAUUAGGGGAGAGAUUGCUGCUGAGAAGCUCAUUGAACUAGAGCCACAAAACUCGUCAGCUUAUGUUCUUCUUUCCAACAUAUAUGCCUCACAGGGAUGUUGGGAAAAGGCGAAUGCUUUGAGGAAAGCCAUGAGAGAUAAAGGAGUCAAGAAGGUACCUGGAUGUAGCUGGAUUGAUGUGGGACGAAUAACACACAUUUUUGCUGCAGGAGACAAAUCUCAUUCUGAUAUAGAAGAUAUUGAGAUGUUACUUGAAGAUCUAUAUGAUUUGGUGAAAGGUGAUGCCAUCGUCAAUCCUGAUUUCGUGGAACAUUCUUCUCUUGAUUGUGUGUGUGGGUGA